AUGACAUUAUGCAUCGAAGCAUGCAAGGCCGACGAUGUAUCGCUGAUGGAACAGGCUAUAUCAAUCGCCUCCAAAUCUAACUCGAGCCAUGCAGUCCAGGACGUCGUUCAACGGGGCUUUAGGCGCUCAGCAGCAAGGAGAGCGGUUCACGUUCUUAACUAUUUAGUUGACCACCCUCACGGCGCUGAUGUCGCAGCACUGAGUGCCUCAGAUAUUAUGGCCAAUGAUGAUAUGGCCAAACCUUCGCAAGAGAUCCUUGAGAUCCUCGUUGCUCACGGAUGGGAUAUCAAUACACAAGGCCCUGGUAAGAUUACUAGUUGGCCGUUGCUUUGGUAUAUUGUGAAAUAUCCGGAUCUUGUUAGAUGGUGCUUGGAUCACGGCGCUAGAGUUGAUAUUCCUGACAACCCGCCUCAAGUCAAGGAUAGCGUACAGAGCUAUACAGUUGUGCCACCCGCAACAAUUCUCGGCAUGGCGGCGUCGUCAGGCAGUGUCGAGACAUUCGAGCUACUACGAGCGAAAGGUGCUCCCUUGGACUUACAGACGCUGCACCGCGCAGUUGAGCAAGCCACGAUCUUAGCACCAAAAGAGGGCUCUGAGCCCAGCUCAUUCUAUACACACCGUAUGGACAUGGUACGCCAUCUUGUAGACGUCGUCAAGCUUGACGUCAAUGCCGUACAACACCAGCUUGGCCGCGAAUGCAGCACUCCACUUUGCAUCGUGGCUAAACGUCCCACCAAUCAAAUAUUUCGAGAGCUGGUAUACUUCUUACUGGAUCGCGGCGCGGAUCCAAAUCUGAAUGGUAAGACGCAGGAAGAUACAAAUUGGCCGAGUGCCAUUGCUUGCGCUCAGUCUUGGGGCAAUUUGAGCUUCUUGCAAGCUGUAAAGAAUAGAUAA